AGUUUACCGAGAGUAGUUUACGAAUGAUUUCAUUCUUGCUGCACACUCACUCCCAGUUUUAUAGUAAUUCGUAAUGUAAAACUAAUAAUGAUUGUGUAGAAAUAGCACAUAGAAGGGAUUUGAUGUCAGUCGCUUGGUAUGAUGCGAGGUCUUGGUGGCUAAAUAUUCCUGUUGACUGUCCCUUUAAACUGGAGAAAGAAAAAAGCUUCUGAACAGACUUUUGCGCGUGCGUAGCAAUAUAUAAUGGUCCUCGAGGCAAUACUGGAGUAUAGAGCGCAUUCCUAAAGGAAAAUAGACACUGUCACCCAUCCCAAACAGACCAGAAGGAGUCAUGGGGAGUGUGUUCUUGCCGUCGGACCUCGCCAACACAGUGCUGAGGCGUUUGCGCAGGGACAACGGCUACCUGUUAGAGGAGAUCCGUCAGGGCAACAUCCAGAGAGAGUGCAGAGAGGAGAUCUGCACCUACGAGGAAGCCAGGGAGGCCUUUGAGAACGAUGACAAAACUCAACGGUUCUGGGAGGAGUAUGUGCGGGAGAGCAGUGGCGGGCAGCAGUUGGAGGGCAGAGUCCACUCCCUCUACCUGAUCCUCCCCUUGCUCCUGGUGCUCCUGAUCUCCGGCGUGGCCAUCACUGUGUGGCGCUGCCACUCCCGCAAGCGCUCGGAACGCAACCCCGCCCUGGGCCACUCCCACCGGGACCCCACCCUAUCGUUAGUCUCCAUGGACCGGUGGGGGCGGGACCUCCACGAUCACUCGGAGCUCAGCGUCAACAGUAGCCCCGCCGACCCGGGCUCGGAGGUCACGCCGGCGAGGGGAGGCAGAGGAGACCCGCCCCCGUCUUACGACGAGGCGGUCGGCCACGCAGAUGUGCACAUAGAGACAGAGCCUCCUCCUCAGUAUGAGGACAUCAUUGGCCAUGGGAAGUGAAGUGACCCCCCCCCUGUCUCAACCGGCCUCCAUCCAGCUAGAUCAGGGGUGUCAAACUCAUUCCAUGGAGGGCCGUCUGUCUGCUGGUGUUUUUUUUUCUUCUUUUCUUCUCAAUUCAGACCAGCUGAGGGGAGGUACUAACUAAUCAAUGACCUUAAUUUGUCAGUCAGGUCCAAGGGAGGAGGGAAAACCUCAGUGGGAGGGAGGAGGGAAAACCUCAGUGGGAGGGAGGAGGGAAAACCUCAGUGGGAGGGAGGAGGGAAAACCUCAGUGGGAUAAGUUUGACACAUGAGCUUCCUGCCCGGUCUCACCCUCCUGCUCACCUCCCUCUAACUGUUAUGUUACUACACUAACAGAGAUGUUGGAUGCAAUAACGUUGAUGCUUGCACUGACCAUCGGAUAGGGGUGGAGUGAUGGUGAAGAUGAUACCAAAUGUUUGAUUUUGCUAUACCCAAAUGUACAGUUAUUUAACCAUACUGCCAUACAUCAGUGAUGUUAUGAGUACGCUGGAGGUUUGGGGCUUGAUGAAUGGUAAAAAAAAGAACUGUUCUGAUUUCCAUACUUCUAAAAAUGAGAGCUAUCAAAUCUGAUAACUAAAAAGUUAUUUUCAAAACAUGAACAUUUUAAAAAGUAUUAUUUCAAGCUGUGUACUUUCUGAUCAGUGUGUGUGUGUGUAAUAUGUAUAUAUUUGUGUGUGUAUGUUGUUUUGAAUGUUCGGGGAGUGAAUUGUAAAAAAAUGGAAAAAAGUUGUAAUUUUUGCCAUACAUUUUGGUUAGCCAGUAGUAGCUUUGUACACAGACUUGGAUGGAUCUAUCCCAGCGUCAUAUGAAUUAGUCAGGGACAGUCAAUAUUCUCAGAACAUAUUCGCUAAGUGUGCAUCCCAAAUGUUACCCUAUUCCCUAUGUAGUGUACUAAUUUUGACUCGUCCAUAUGGGUAUUAGUGCACUAAAUAGGGCAUAGUGUGACACUAUGGGAGCUGUGCUGGCGUGACCUGUGAGGGAACAUAGGACAGGAAGCUACACACAAUUACUAAUUUUCUCUCUUUGAGCUACAUACAGUAUUAAAUGUCACUACGCACAGUG